AUGUUCCUGUUUGGACAUCAUUUUACGUUGGUAACCGACCACAAACCCCUUGAAAUCAUUUACGGCACCACCAGGUCGAAACCGUCUGCACGUAUAGAACGUUGGGUUCUGCGAUUACAACCGUACCACUUUAACGUUAUCUACAAACCUGGUGCCACCAACCCCGCUGAUUAUUUAUCACGUCAUCCUGCAUCACCACGCAUGUCACACCCGGAUCGCAUGGCUGAAGAAUAUGUCAACUUCAUUGAACGACACACUGCCCCCCGCGCCAUGCCACUCGACGAAAUUGCCACAGCUACACGUGCAGAUAAGACUCUGUCCACGCUCGUGACUUGUUUACGUACAAACAAGUGGUCCACCGACAUUCUGACGUCAUUCAAACACAUCAAACAGUCACCAACUUAA